GUAAAAAAAUUGUUUAUCAAUUUCCAAUAAACUUAAGAAACACUAAAACUAUUUAUACUCGUUAAGAAGUAUCUCUUUCAUAAGGAAAACAACAUUCAAAAACAGAAAUUCUGUUUCUUAGUUUUGUAUAAUCGCAUGGGAAGGGGUCUUCAUCAUUCGAAGAUUAAUAACUGGUUCUGUUUGUCUGUGUGUUCGACGACUGAUGUGAAUUCGUUUGAUUGGCUGAUUUCCCCGACCACGCGGUAGGAGCGCGAAAAGAAGAAGCACACGAUUUCGACAUCCCAAGUCGAGGUUUUAUUUUAUGAAUGGUUUCGAUGUUACGGUCACGGUUUCUGUAUAGUGGUCUUCUUGUUCAUUUAAUAAUAUUAAUGUUCUUUUCUUUACAAAUAUUUGAAGAAUUCGCAAGUGCCAUCAUUUAAAAUUAAACGUCUUAUCUUUAAUAUUUCAUUUUCACUAAAUUUUAAUUUAAGUAUUUAUGUGUUUCUUGUACCUGGAAUAAAAUUUAUCAACAGAGGAUUUGUUUUGGAUAUACAUGCAAGAGAGGAAGACUAGGGAGCCUGAUAAAAGAAAACUGAGGCCAUGAAUUCUUUCCUGAGGAGGCAAGAUAUAUCUCUGGGAAGUUGUUGGAUAUAUUAAAACGCUAUGGUCCAAUCUGUGUUACUGCCUGAAAAUGGAGAUCCGUCUCCCAGAGGUGUCCGUGAUCCUCCAACAGAUGGCGCUGUUGGUCAUCCACACGUGCUCCAUCCCUUCUUGCAUCACCGGACAGCUGGAGUGGUCAGUAAAAUACCUGUGAAAUGUUUUGAUGGAGUGAAUGGUAGUUCGAGAAUCGUGUCUUGGACAUCAUCCUCUAAGGAUGCGAUUUAUCAUGAGCAGCAAUCUGUGAUUCAUCCAGACAUUAAUCCGGGAAUGUCUCGGCAAGGAAAAGGCCCAACCCCGUGCACACCAGCUGUUCCAGGUCCUGUAGCUCAACAGGCCCAACAGUAUUUGGAACAGAAUAUUAUGGCCUGGAUGCAACCAAAGCCCCAAGGACAGCAAAUACUCUCUUCGACCUUAUCAUCCUUUGUAACCUCGGGGCCGUCCAGUUCUCAGACCCCUAUGAGCCAGAAAGCCCUACAAGAGCACAAUAUGACUCAAACACUAGGCAGUCCAAGACAUCAACUGUCUAUGGCGAGUCCAUACUCACCAAUUGGUGGCGCCACUAGCAGUGGUAGUAAUGCUUCUCCCAGUCAUGCUGGAAUUUCCUGCAUGGGAAUGCCUUCUAGUUGUUCAUCCAUUCCGCAUUCAUUAUCUUUUUCUGGCUAUUCCCAUCAUUCCCUUCUUCAAGGAACAUCUUUUAGUUCGCCAUGUCCAAGUACAUUUGGAGCAGCUCAGCCCUCGGCAGCUGCCUCAUUUUUUGCAAGGUAAGGAGGUUUCGUUUUUAUGGUAAAAUUGAAAAACUAAUUUUAUUUAGAUUUUAAUUGAUAAAUCAUUAGCUUUGAUCUUUUCGACUGGUUACUAUAUAUGGCAUGCAUAAUGAAAGCAUUUGCAUUAUUU